AUGGGUGGAUGUGCCAGUAUGUGUUCUAGUAAUGUACACGUUCCAUCAUCAGUGAGAAGGGACUGUUAUACUCAAUUAACAAAGACUUGUAGUACUGGAAGCGUUUGUAAGGAGAGUUGCUUUUCUACAACAACAUUCAAGAUUAAACACAUCAAAUCUUUGGAUGAUAUGUCUUCGACAGCUAAUUGUUGGGAAAAUGUUAAUCUGCUCUCUAAUAGAAGUAGUCUGAAUCAAUCAGUAAUGCUUACUAAUCAAGGUGUUCCAGUUCUAAUGCUCUCUUCAUUUUCUUCAUCCUACUCUCCAUCUUCAAAUGCUAGUGUUUGUUCUUUUAGAUCUAAAAUUGAAGAACUGCCUCCAAUCACAUCUAAGAAUACUCCAAUUAAAUUACCACCUCUUGCUCAAUCAACUGUUGAAGAAGCAUGCAAUACAUCUCCAAUCAAGAAAUCCCACAUUCCUUUCAUUCUCAUUCAUGAAUCCUCAGCCUCUAAGUUAAGCCCACCAAAUACGUUGCCUUCGUUGGACUAUGAUUUCCUAGUGCCUGAAAGUUGA